CUGUUGUCUGGGACAGCUGAAGUAAGUUAUGGUGCUUUAAGAAUUAAGUAUAAUUAUUUAUCAAGUGUUGUUCACCAAAAUAAAGAAGUAGUUCUGUUAAUCGUGAAUACUACGUUCGAAAGAUGGUAGAGCCCAUCAUAAAUCAAGAUAUAUUUAUACAAUACAGGUACAAUCUGUAUAAUAAAUACCUUGGAAGCCGAGUAAGAGUCAACGUCAGAAAUCGCAAAAAGAGGACAAAAACGUUUAUCGGAAAACUGCAAGGAUACGACUUGCACCUGAAUGUGGUGCUGGCGGACGUCUACCGUGUCAUCCUGUACAACACGGAGGAGCAACGUCAGGACGUGGAUGGAUUGAUGGUAAUUCGAGGAGUCAAUGUGCAAUCCAUCAGGCUCGCGUGUCCAGAGCCGCACUUGCUUCCUUGGCCUACCAAGCCCACCAAGCUCACUAAAGCUGCAUCCAAGUCCCCCGCCCGCUCAAAAGAAGAACCACCAAAACCACCAACACCAGCAAGGCCGUUAAAACUGAAACGUGCCUGGCUCACAUCUCCAAGUCCGUCCGGCGAUUUUACACCGAGUAGACAGAGGAAGGAAACAUCCGAGACACCUAGUACUGACAAAGCUGCGAAUGAAGGAGAAAAAGGAGAAGAAAAGAGAAUUCCUGAAGAAGUGAAAAAAGAGACUCCGAAAUCAGAAAAUAUAACAUCUCCAACGGAUGCAGAUGAAAAAGCCUCUGUUCUACAGAGAAACGCAGAGGAAGAGGUCAUUAUAAAACGUGAACCUGAAGAUGAUUCUUUAACGUUUGAAGAAUUUAUUCUGGCCAAUAAUGACAUAGGGGAAGAUUACGUAGUAAAAAGUGAGGUCCAGGAUUCAGAUGAAGGUGAUAUGCCUGAGAACUCGUAAAUGUUAUAGUAUUUCAUGACGUGUGUUUGUUACGGGUUUUUGCAAUUUAUUAAACAAGUACUAAUUACAUUAAAAUAAUAAUUUGUUUGGUUAUUGAUUUGAAAAUGUUUAUUUUUUUUAACUAUUUUGGCAAAUGGUGAUUUUCAAUGUUCGUAGAGAUAACGUUCAUUACUUCGCUAACAAACUCUCUCGACGUGUAUUCAAAUACAUUUAUUUUUCUAGAA